CCCCCUUAGGUGAUAAAAUCAUAAGGACUAUUCCUUUUAUAUUGCCAAACCCACCUAACAAACACUCUUGAAUGGUUCUGGUCAGCAGGAUCAAGUCCUCUAUUUCAGCAUUCAAUCCCCAGUUUUGUGUGUUUUCUUCUUUAACAAAGUAACUUUGUUGGCAAAUUUGUUUACUGGAGUGGUCGAACUGAUUCAAGCCAAAAGAAGCAGAAAAGGUACAAGGAAACUCAAUCGGCCAUGGAGGAGGAAUAUGCUAGUCUGUCGACAUUGCUGUUAGAAUUCAGUAACAUCAGUAACAUUGACAAGGCUUGGGUAUGCAAAUCAGGGGAAAACUCUAAGGCAAUAUUUUCUGCAAGUCAACCCAAUACCCUUGCUAAUAGUAACAGAAAGUUUAUUUUGUCUGCUUCUAUUCAUGGGAGUGGAAACAAUCCUGUGGAUUUCCAAUGGUCACCCUUUCCUGUAGAGGUGCGAGGGGCAUCCAUAAUACUCCCCUCACCUUCCGGUUCAAAACUUCUCAUUGUUAGAAAUUCUAAUGACGACUCUCCUACUAAAUUUGAGAUUUGGGGCCCUUCAGAAUUGGAAAAGGAGUUUCUCAUCCCUCAAUCUAUUCAUGGAUCAUUAUACACGGACGGAUGGUUUGAGGGUGUUUCUUGGAACUUCGAUGAAACACUUGUUGCAUAUGUUGCUGAGGAGCCUACCCCCUUGAAGCCCAUUUUCAGUAACUUUGGUUAUAUCAAUGCAAGUACCUCCUCCAGUAAGGGUUGUAACAACUGGGAAGGCCAUGGAGAUUGGGAGGAGGGAUGGGGAGAAACGUAUGUGAAAAAAAGGCGCCCUGCAGUUUUUGUCAUUGAUAUUAACAGUGGAGAAGCGCGUGGUGUUGAAGGAAUUAGUAGUACAUUGAGUGUUGGUCAGCCUUUAUGGGCUCCAGCAACAAAUGCCUCACAACAACAUCUUGUAGUUGUUGGGUGGUCUGCUGAACCAAGAAAGCUUGGCAUGAAGUACUGUACUAACAGACCCUGCGCCUUAUAUUCUGUAGCAUGUCCUUUCAACAAGUCAAAAGCUAUCAAAACUGAUCAAAAAUCAAUUGCACAUGAAGACUCUAAUGCAGUUAUGUUGACGAAAGGAAUUAGCAGUGCUUUCUCUCCACGCUUUAGCCCAGAUGGGAGAUUCCUCGUGUUCUUAUCAGCCAAUAGUGCUGUCAAUUCAGGUGCACACAAUGCAACAUUUUCACUUCAUAGAGUUGAUUGGCCAAAUGACGAGGAGCCAAAUUCAGAGCUACAAAUUGUUGAUGUGGUUCCUGUUGUAAUGUCUGCGGAGGAUGGUUGCUUCCCUGGACUAUGUUUUCCCAUUUUCCUUGGGAAUGCUUGGCUUUCUGAUAACCGUACUGUGAUUCUAUCCUCGAUCUGGAGGAGUACUCAAGUGAUCAUUUCUGUGGAUGUAUUGAGUGGGAGCUUGUCGCGCAUAACUCCUUAUGAAUCAAGUUCCUCGUGGGAUAUUCUUUCUCUUGAUGAAGAUAAUAUCAUUGCAGUGUGUAGCAGCCCUAUAGAUAUUCCUGGACUCAAGUAUGGUUGUCUUGUUAAGGACCAAAUCCCAGGUGCCCCUUGGAAUUGGCAAGAUGUUCCAAGCCCCCUUUUUAGAUGUUCUGAGGAGGUCUCAUCUCGACUUUCAUCACUUCAAUUCAGUAUAAUGAAAAUUCCAGUCAGAACUAUUUCAGAUAGCUGUACAGAAGGGGCGAGAAAACCUUUUGAAGCUAUAUUUGUCUCCCAAAGUGCAAAGAACGACACUUGUAAUCCAUUGAUUGCAGUUCUUCAUGGUGGUCCUCAUGACGUUGCAACAUCAAAAUUCUCAAAGACAUUGGCAUUUUUGGCAUCAACUGGGUAUAAUCUAUUGAUUGUUAAUUACCGAGGUUCUCUGGGAUUUGGCGAAGAAGCACUGCAGUCUCUUCCCGGGAACGUUGGAUCUCAGGACGUCAAUGAUGUGCUUACUGCCAUAGACCAUGUUAUCGGCUUGAAGCUGGCUGACCCUCCUAGAAUUGCUGUGUUUGGUGGUUCCCAUGGUGGCUUUUUGAGUGCCCACCUUAUUGGUCAGGCCCCCGAUAUGUUUUCUGUAGCAGCAAUCUGGAAUCCUGUUUGUAAUCUUGCAUUGAUGGUUGGAACUACUGAUAUCCCUGAUUGGUGCUUUGUAAAUUCUUAUGGAAGUGAUGGUAAAACCGACUUUACAGAAGCACCAUCUAAGGAAAAUCUGAAUGUCUUUUAUGACAAGUCCCCUAUCUCGCAUGUCCAUAAGGUCAAAGCACCUACGCUGUUUCUUUUAGGCGCCCAGGAUCUUCGAGUUCCAGUUCCUGAUGGAUUGCAGUAUGCGCGUGCAUUAAAGGAGAGAGGAAUUGAGGUUAAGGUAAUUAUGUUUCCUGAGGAUGUACACGAGAUAUCCAGGCCUCAAUCUGAAGUUGAGAGCUUUCUUAAUAUUGCAAUGUGGUUCAAGAAGUAUUGUCAGUAAUAGGUCAAGUGCCAUUCUCAUGAAGAGAGAUGCUUCACAGAAGAUGUCAGUGUGAACCGGAUUUCCGCUGUUGAAGUUGCAAAGAUCUGGGAUUGUUCAUUUCUUUCAAACAAUAGCAAAGUAAUUAAGAUUUAUAACAAUAUCAUAUUCAAAGGGGAAAUUUACAUGGCGAUCUUAUGGUUCAUGCGGUUUAAUCUUCUAUUAUUAUUAUUUACGAA